CCCAUGCGAUGAAUUGAUAUCUAUCGGCCGUUGCAGUCAGUCAGUGGUCUGGUCUGCCACGAUACGACGCACAUGCUCACCCACCUCCCAUGGCAAAACCAAGCGCCAUUCACUCACUCACUGACAGAGAAUUGUAGUCCAUACCAGACAGCCAGCCUCUCUUUGUAGUAGCUCUGGCCUAUGUACAGCCGCGUCUCAGGGUUGACCAACCGCAUCUCGUCUACACAGCGCCUUACAAAGCCUGACCCAAAGGCGUUGCCCUCCACCGUCGAGAAGUCCAGCAGCACCACUGGCCGACCGUCACCAGCGCGGCUCUUCUCACACAUGUAUACUCGCGCCCUGAGCCGAAGCAAGCAAGCCAUACUCAUAUAUUCAAUCCGCCAAUAAACACACACAUCUCUCUGCUGACCUGAACACUCGUCUACCCCCCAAGACGACAUUGGUGAAGGUGAUUUCCUCCCCAUUGCCCACCUCCGUCUUCGAGAACUCUUUGCCCUUCCACAGUGCCCCACAGAUGCCGUUGACCAUCCGUGCCCAGAUCGACCUGCCGGGCACAGCGAUGGGCAGGCCCUUCGCGAGGGCCUUGCUGCCUGGUGUGGCAAGGGGGAGGCCCGCCGAGCCGUCACCAUUAAGGAACAGCUCCUCGAGAGCACGCCGGUCGAGGCCUCUGAGAUCCGCCAAAGUGCGCGGCACUGUCGCAGUCUCGGCUGUGGCUGAGCAAUCAAUGACAACCAUGGAGAGAAGAAGGUGUAUGUGCGAAAGCUGGCUUCUCUCGGCGUGUGCGUGUGUGUCUGUCUGACUGACCUGCACUGUUAAGCUUCUGCAUUCGCAGAGGUCGAGUCUGUGGACUCCUCACAAAUGCCUUCUCGAAGCGGAUCAGACGACCCUCGCAGAAGAACACAGUAAGAACGCAGAGCAGCCAGCCAAAGCCAAAGUCGAUGUCGUGCAUCAGCCGUAGCUGAAUCCGCAGAUGCCGUAACUGCCGGAGGACAAACCUGCAGAGAACAUACACCGCAGAUCACGAGUUUGUUGAUCAGAUCUUCGCCGGCAUCGGUGUCUGCAGCCUCCCUGAACACACCUGCUCUUCGCGGGGGCGAGCAGGAUCCAACAGUGCUCAGCAGCAGCGGUUUCAGGGAGCACCCUAGACGGCCUGUCCAAUGAAAACAUGCACCCUAACAUGCAACACACACCCCCAAAGGUGUCCAACAUGAAAACACCACCCCA